GACGAAGCCGAGUGGCGGCGGGCUUCCUGGUGACAAGAGUCCCGGCGCCGGGGCCAUGGGCAACCGGGAGGUGCUGGGCCAGGCGGCCCGGCUGGCCUCCACCGGUCUGCUCCUGCAGGUGGUGUUUCGGUUGAUCACCUUUGUCCUGAAUGCAUUUAUUCUUCGCUUCCUGUCAAAGGAAAUCGUAGGCAUAGUGAAUGUCAGGCUGACGCUGCUUUACUCGACCACCGUCUUUCUGGCCAGAGAGGCCUUCCGGAGGGCGUGCCUGAGUGGGGGCGCCCAGCGAGACUGGAGCCAGACCCUCAACCUCCUCUGGUUAACAGUCCCCCUGGGUAUAUUCUGGUCCUUGCUUCUCGGCUGGAUAUGGCUACGGUGGCUGGAAAGGCCCGACCCUAAUGUCGUCCCCCACUAUGGGACCGGCGUAGUGGUGUUUGGUCUCUCGGCCGUGGUGGAACUUCUGGGAGAACCCUUCUGGGUCUUGGCACAAGCUCAUAUGUUUGUCAAGCUGAAGGUGGUGGCCGAGAGCCUGUCCGUAGCCCUCAGGAGCGUCCUGACAGCUGUGCUCGUGCUGGGGUUGCCCCACUGGGGGCUGUACAUUUUCUCUUUGACCCAGCUUUUCUAUACUGCAGCUCUGGUGCUCUGCUAUGUCGGUUAUUUCACAAAGUUGCUGGGCUCCCCACAGUCGGCCAAGCAGCAAGCUCUUCCUGUCUCCAGAAUGGCAGAUGUGUUGCCCAGUAUUGGAAGAAGUAGAGCUUUUCUAAAUUGGAAAGAGGCUAAAUUGGCUUGGAGUUUUUUCAAACAGUCCUUCUUGAAACAGAUUUUGACAGAAGGUGAGCGAUAUGUGAUGACAUUUUUGAAUGUGUUAAAUUUUGGUGAUCAGGGUAAGAUGAAAUUCUGCAGUGGUUUAAUUAAAGGUGUGUAUGAUGUCGUGAAUAAUCUUGGCUCCCUUGUGGCCAGAUUAAUUUUCCAGCCAAUAGAGGAGAGUUUUUACAUAUUCUUUGCCAAGGUGCUGGAGAGAGAAAAGGAUGCCACACGCCAGAAGCAGGAGGAUGCUGCUGCGGCUGCCACAGUCUUGGAGUCCCUGCUCAAGGUGGCCCUGCUCACCGGCCUGACCAUCACUGUCUUUGGCUUUGCCUAUUCUCAGCUGGCUCUGGAUAUCUACGGAGGGGCCAUGCUCAGCUCAGGGUCAGGUCCUGUUUUGCUGCGUUCCUAUUGUCUUUACGUCCUCCUGCUUGCCAUCAAUGGGGUGACUGAGUGUUUCACAUUCGCUGCCAUGAGCAAAGAGGAACUCGACAGGUCUUUGAGGAUCUCACCGAUCAGCGACACCUCUCCUCAGAGAAAGACCCGAGGGCACGUAAGCAUUUCUUCAGUACCCCUGCCCUGGAACCCCCAGCCAUGGUUCUCGAUGCUGGUUAUGAGUCACAUGCCCCCAUGGGGCCUGACUGAAGCGCAGGUUCCCGUCUCACUCUCUCCCACCAUACCGCAGAAUCAGCAGGCCCCAGGCAUGUGUAUACUGUUUAAAAACUCUGAUUCUGACACCAGCUCCUGGGUAAGCGCCUCUGGCCACACCGGGGGUCAUUCAUCUCGCGUCUCAGAUGCUGCAGGGCAGUAGCCUGAGACGCCGCUGCAGGAUGAGGUUGAGGGGAAGGACAGGGCUGGCAGGGAAAAGGAGGGGAAGCAGGAGAGGGCGGAAGGGGCGGGACCAGGCUGGGGGAUGGCCCACGCUGGCCCUGUGCUGGCAUCUGUGCUGGCGUCUGUGCUGCCUCUGUAGUGCCUUGAGUGCUGUAGAGGCUUGAGCCCCGGCUGGGAUGGCGGGGAAAGUGCAGCCCAAGUUGCUGGGGAGCGCUUCCUCGCCCUCAGAGCUGCCUCCCGCAGGCCCACUUGGAGAGGCUUGCUGACUCUGCGCCUUCCGGUCGAGGGCCAGAGGGCCAGUGUCUAGAGCAGCGGUCAGGGCCAGACCAUCCGGUUCUCUGGGAAGUUCUGGCCCCGCCCAGUGUCGGACCUGGCAGCCCCGCUUCUGCCAGGGACUGGCCCCACACCCGCGCCCUGGCCCUGGUCUGAGCACAGGGAGUGCCUGGGCUCAUCACAGGCGUUUCGUUUCUAUGAAUUUGACCAGACAUAAAACUCCAGCAAGGAUCUUGAUAGGAGAAUUGGGCAGCUUAGUUAAAUGUUAUGAUUGGCGUAAUUGGACAUUUCAAAUUCUGAAUUGAAAAAAAAUUGAUAAAACCAUGAGCUUUUUCUCCCAUCCAAAGUGCUGACCAGGCCCGACCCUGCUUAGCUUCCAAGAUCAGAUGAGAUCAUGUGCAUUCAGGGUGGUCUGGCUGUAGACUAUGGGCUUUUUUUUAACCAACUCCAGGUUAAGUUAGUGUUUUUUUAAUGUAAAAAUUUUGAAUUCAUUGCAAGUUGCCCCUUUUUGUUAAUAACCACAUAUGUAGAAUAUGAUUGAUGGCGUUUUCAUUACACCUAUUGAAGAAUUUUUGUUCUGUUAAGGAUAUCUCAUUUUCUUUCAUUUGACAAGUACUUUUUGAGCAUCUACUCUCUCACAGGCCUUGUUUUAAGCUCCAGGAAUAGAGGAAUGAACCAGGCAAACAAGAUUCUGGCUCCCCUGAAGUUGGCACUGGUGGAGGCAGACGGCAGACAAGCACAUUAGAAUGAGGAAUGUGCCGUGCAGAGAACGAAAACAGGGUUACGUGCUGGGAGUGGGGGCCCCGUUAGAUUGGAGGUCCCCUGAGGAGGUGCCCUUUGGGCUGAGACCUGGGUGACCAAGAAGAGUGUGCCGUGCAGGGGUACCGGGCAGAGCCUUCCGGGCAGAGGGGACAGUGACACAAAGGCCCCAAACUGGCAGCUCCUGUGUCAGAUUGGCCGGCCCCUGGGUGCCCAGCAUGGAGCUGGACUCUAGCUUGAACGGAGGAUGAGCACCACCUCGCUUCGGCAAGUCGUACCCUCUCUGGAAUGCUGGACGAAGCAGCCGCCCUGGUGGAGCGUGGCCGUGUGUGCUUGUAUUACUCUUACCACCCGCUCUGUUAAAGUCUGUCUCCACAGCACCUUGGCCUUCUCAGCCUGAGGUCCAGUACCUGGGCAUUCCGGGGACACGGUGGCCUUAUGACCACCCCUUGUGUGCACAACCUGUGUGGCUGCCUCUAACAUCUCCUGACCCUCAGACACAGUUUGGGGACUUUGGUCCCCUCAGCAGCGACGUACUUAGCAUGCCUGCUGUGCGCUGCAGAAGCCAGGUGCUGGAGGACUUUGUUCAUGGCUGUACAAUAAGCCUGCAUUUUAUCUUUGCUGAGACUCAGUUUUCCUUGCUGAGAUCUGAAGAUGACUAAGUGACGCGCUGUGAAAUCAGAGGAGUGAGUGGACCGGCAUCCUUGGUCCUGUCAUAGGACCCAGAGCCCCAGAGUGUGGCCGGAGGGAUGUGUGAGCAUCCGGGAGCCCCGAGGGGCCCAGGCCUGCUCCCUGUCUGCAUCUCACUGGGAGCUGGCCUCUUGCUUUGAGGAUGGGCCACUGGCCACAGUGAUGGGCCUGCUGCCCUUCCCAAGGCAAGUGGUGUGAGGCCCCCGGUUCAGGGGCAGAGGUCAGGUUGGAGUGUCACUCACUCCUUAGGAAAAUUACUCAGCCUCUCUGUGCCUGGUGUCCUUGUCUAUAAAGAGAAUCUGAGCUCCCUGUGGUGAGGGCCACGUGUGUUCAGUCCCAGUGCAGCCCCAGCACCACGCGCAGAGCCUGUUAGGGAGGCGGCAUUCACAUAAUUACUAUUCCUGGUGUCGUAGUCUCAUGCUGCAUGUUGAAGACGGGCUGAGCAGGAUUUUUAAGUGUUUUG